AUGAAACUGGGAUACUGUAUGCCAGUUUUCCUUCUCAUUUUCGCUGCCGCUAUCACAGCCAGACCAUUCAACAACACGGAGUUCGAUAUUGAACAAGAAGGAACUUCCGACGAGGUAGAGCGUGUUCUCAUCGAAGACGUGCCUUCAAACACCACUAUGGAGUCAUAUGAGGGAACUGCUGACGAGGUAGAGCGUGUUCUCAUCGGAUAUGAGCCUUCAAACACCACUAUGAAGUCAUAUGAGACAACCACCCCCGGAUACACUGAAUUUCAAGUAAAAAUAGCCCAAGGUGUAAUGAUGGGCAUCGGAAUUCUCCUCAUCAUUGGCGCAAUGAUGAUUUCGGGACCGGGUCGGAUGCUUCGCGGACAGUAA